CAGCCAGUACAACUUUUCAACCAUGGUAGAAAUUCGGAAGUAUCGUACGGAACAAGAGAUUCCAACUGUCACUAACGUCUUUCGUGAUCUCUCUAAUGACUUAAUUAGACAGAGAGGUGGAGUUCGUACGAUACAACAUAUAUCUAUAACUGAGGAUUUAAUUUCUGAGUACUCGGGGCCAGGGGGUUCGGCGAUAUCCCUUUAUGAUGGUUACGCUCUACAACCAGUUGCGGUGAAGAAGCAGCUCUUGAAGCCAGGAAGACUAGAAAGAGAGAGAGAGAGAGAAAUUAUUCAUAUGCUGGAAAAAAAGGACGGUUGCAGACGUCUACUACAUGCUGUUGAGGUUGGAGAGAGUUCAUACAUGGUUAUGCGGCCAUGUAUCUGCAACUUGGAAGAUUUGAUUAAUUUCAAGACGAAAAUAAAUAAAGAUUUUACGGUCGUGGAUGCCCACUUGAUUGAGCUUUUGCCCGGUUUUGAGUUGCAUGAUGGUGAUAGUCCAAGACCUCAAACGCUAAAAAUAAUCAGGGAAUUGAUUGACGAGAUGACUAUUCGACAUUCAGUUGGAUUGGUCCAUUCUAAGCUCAAUCCACGUGUUAUAUUUUUGGCAAUGGAGGCAAAGCCGGUAGGUGAUGGACUAGAUAUGGCACCCUUAUGCGUCAGGUUUUAUGAUUAUGACACGUUGAUACAUAAUCAAACUGAUUCUACUGCACAAAUUGAUUCUACUGCACGUGAGCUUUCUAGCGUUUCUGAUAGUUGGAUUAAGUGGUGGAAAUCACCAGAACAACUCAGAGGGGAGGAACAAGGAAGCAUUCCUUCGGAUUUAUUUGUGUUGGGGACUGAUUUUCCAUUAUGUUCUUACUCAGGGUCUGCAUCCAUUUAAGAAUGACUUGGAAAUUAUUAAUGGUGAACCUGUAUUACAACUUAAAAGCUCACCUGAAGCAGUUCAUUUAAUCAGCAUGCUAUUAGAUAAAGAACCUAAUACAAGGACGAAUGUCAAAUUGAGUUCUCAUCCACUACUUUGGGAUGGGAAGAAGAAAUUGGAGUUUCUAUUGCGUUCUUGGCAUAGAGUUAAAAAAGCGCGGAGAGAUGUUGGAUCGAUGAAAUCAGCUCAAGAAACUGACGAAUCAAUUCAAUCAUCGGAUUCAAAGUGUCUUUUGAAUGAUUUGGAAGCACCUGGAACAAAAGGAAAAAUAUUUAACAAUGAAGAAAGUUGGAGGGCAAUUGUGGAGCAAAAGCUGCCUGGUUUUGAAAAAAGUGAAAAAAAAUAUACAUAUGAAGAUGUGGGGGACCUGCUCCGAUUCAUAAAAAAUAGGAUGUAUCAUUACUUGGAAGCCCCGAUAUUAGAACAGUGGGAAGGACCACUCUACGCUGCUGUUUAUAAAUUUUUUGCUGAGGUUUUACCUAAUCUGUUCAUAGAAGUUUAUCAAGUUAUUUUGAAACAUUGUAGCACCGAACAGUAUUUUUUGGAAUAUUUUGGGCCUUGAAACACUUAAGAACAGUGCUAGACUUUGUAACAAGUCAUCAUCAAAUGUUGCUUUUUUCUUUGGAAUGGAUUUAAGACUGCUUGUU